UUGGACGGGGGGGUUUAUUACACAGUUACUUUUCCUAUCUUUACAACUAAUGAAAGUUUGAUUUGCCGAUUAGAAAAAAAAAAAAUCUCAGAAUUAACGAUGCCUGUGAUUGAAAACGCGUUUCUAGGACUAGAAUCUAAAAGGGUAACAACAUCAAAUUGUGAUCACUUCUUCGUCCGUUACGGAAUCUGCUGUAACUGCAGAUCGACGGUAGAUAGAGAUUACGGCCGAGCAUUCGAUUAUCUCGUCCAUGGUUUACAGUUAAGCCACAAGGCCGUGUCGGCUACAAAAACCCAUACCACACAAUUGGCUUGUGAGAACGAGAAGAAACUUCAUCUAGUCCUUGAUUUGGACCACACCCUUCUUCAUUCCGUUACGGUUUCACGGCUUUCCAAAGCAGAGGAGUAUCUCUUGGGGGAAUCAUACUCAAGGAACGAUCUUUGGACACUCGGUACAGAGAUGUUGAUAAAGCUUCGACCUUUUGUGCACGAGUUUCUGAAAGAAGCCAACGAGUUGUUCUCCAUGUAUGUGUACACGAUGGGAAAUCGCGACUACGCUCAGGCUGUGCUGAAGUUGAUUGAUCCGAAGAAAGUGUAUUUUGGGGACAGAGUCAUUACCAGAGAGGAGAGUGGUUUUACUAAGACGCUUGAUCUUGUGUUGGCUCAUGAGCGUGGAGUUGUGAUUGUGGAUGACACUCGUCAAGUUUGGUCUGAUGACCACAAUAGGAAUCUGUUGCAGAUCACCAAGUACAAUUUCUUUAGAGAUUAUGAUCAUGUCGGGCCGAAAUCUUACGCAGAGGAGAAGAGAGACGAGAGUAGUAGCCACGGAUCAUUGGCUUAUGUCUUGAAAAUUCUCAAGGAAGUUCACCAAGGAUUCUUUAGUGGGGGUGAAUUACAUUCAAAGGACGUGAGGCUGUUGCUACAGGAAAAAGCAUAUUUGAAUCAAUAUUUGUUCUGAAAUCUAAGGCUGUGAUUGGAGUGGAGAUCUAUGUUUAGCGGAAUUCACUUUUUUCUUUUAGAAAAACGCACCUAAAAUAACAUUCACUUUUGUAUAAUAAAUUUGUAGUUUUGUAGAAAAAACAAAAAGUGACAUGUGCGGUUUUAGAAGUACA